AUGACCUUACAUAAUAUUCGACCAGUUCAAUGCGAUGAAUUGUCGACAGUACCAUAUCUAAUGUCAUCAGAGUUGAAUUAUGAAGAUAUUACAUUAAUCUGGCUAGAUGAAAAUGAAAAUGAAAAUUUUGACUGUCUAGAUACAAAAUGUCGUCUAAAUAUUAUCGUUAAUUAUUUUAAAGUAUUCAACGAUGCACAAGAAACACUUGAUUACAUUCGGUCAGCAUUAAAUGAACAUUUAUUUCUGAUAGUAUCUGGUUCACUAGGCGAAAUAGUUACUUCCCAAAUCUACAACGAAUCUCAAUUGAAAUUUAUAUAUGUCUUCUGUAUAAAUAAAGAGAAACAUUCCGAAUGGACAUGUAAAUAUGAAAAAAUAUGCGGCAUAUUUAUUGAUAAAAAUGAACUAUUCCAUCAUUUGAGUGCUACAGUACGAGCUUAUGAAAAAAGCUUAACAACUAUAAGUAUAUUCAAUAAAACAUGUACAGCUACAGAAGAAAAAUCAGCUCGUGAUUAUAUUAUCGAAGAAAAUAUUUCUCUUAUGUGGCUUCAAUCAUUUAUUGAUAUUUUACUUCAUCUACCAAUCGACAAAAAUAUAGCUAAACAAGAUAUGAUUGCGGAAUGUCGUUUAUAUUAUCAGAAUAAUGCAGUACAACUCAAAGAAAUCGAUGAAUUUGAAAAUAACUAUUGUUCUGACACAGUCAUAUACUGGUACACUCGUGAUUCAUUUGUCUAUCGAAUAGUCAAUAAAGCACUCAGAACACUGAACAUUGAUAUUAUUUUUAAAUUUCGCUUUUUAAUUAUUGAUCUUUAUCAACAGCUGAAACAACACCAUGCCGAUUACAUCAGAUCUUUAUCUACAAUCAAUCCAAAAAAGAUAAUACGUAGAGUUUAUCGUAGUCAACGUAUGGGAUUUAAUGAAAUAGAAAAACUACAAGCUAGCGUUAAUAACCUUAUUUGUCCGAAUUCAUUUUUUUCUACAACAGAAAAUUAUUUAAUGUCAACAGCAUUUGUUGCCGGUGGUUGUGGUUCCGAAUGUGUUUUAUUUCGAAUCGAUAUUCCUGAUUCAUAUUAUCAUACUAUUCAAGAUACAUUACAAUACACACGUCCAUUUUCAAAAAUAGAAAGUUUAAGUCAAUUCAAAACCGAAAGUGAAGUAAUAUUUUCCAUGGGAGCGUUAUUCCGAAUUGAAUCUGUUGAACAAGACUAUAUGUGGUAUGUUUGUAUGAAGUUUGAAGGAGAAAACGAUGAACUUGGUAAAAACUUUUACAUAACAGGAGAAUUCGAGAAUGGAGAAUACAACUGGCAGAAUAGAUGCAAUAUCGAAGAUCGAAUUUUAUUGUUAACGGAAAAACUACCUCAAUCGUGUAGAAAUAUUCUAAAUAUUUAUAUUAAAUAUGGUGUUUUUGCUGAUGAAAAUCAUAUAACAACCACAGAAACUUUAACUACAUAUCGAAAAGGAUUUGAAUUAAUAAUGAAAUGUUUACCGAAUUAUCAUUUUUUAAUUACUGUUGUUAUGCACUUGAGUAUUGACCAUCCAUUCAUAUUAAAAUCAUCUUUAAACAUGUUACUUAAACAAAUUCUGACAGAAUAUCGAAAUCAAAGAAUGUAUGGAAGUUGUUUGAAAAAGUUACACCGACUAAUUGAACAAUUUCUGAAAAUAAGACCAUCAUGUUUUGCAAAGACUUAUUGCAAUGCACAAAUGUUACGAGAAUUACGAGAAACAAUGACUGAUUAUCGACGACUUCUCUACUUUAUUCAACGAGCUUAUUUCUCAACUUCUCACAAUGAUACCUGUAAAGCUCAAAAGAACAAUGCAUCCAUUGAAAGCUGUUCUACUGAUAUUGGACGUGUCAUUCAUAAGUUUGUUUAUUCUUCUCAUGUAACUCUCUGUCCAGAUAAAAUCCAACAAAAACCUCGACAACGACAUCGGUCGUCGUGGACCUAUCGAUAUCAAACUUGCGGAUGUUUGAAAAAUGCAUCCCUAUUAAGUUAUCGUUCUACUGGCCGGUGGGCGAAAUUUUGUAAAAUCUGA